UUUUGGGCUCUUUUGGGUGGAUAUUCCGAAGCUAAGGCAGAAUUUUUCGCAGUUGAAAAUUCAUUGUGUGCUCAAGUGGAAGUUCUCUUGUGUGACUGUGUCCAGUCCUGCCUCCGGGGAAUAAGAAAAAAAAUGUGCUCCAAGGUGCUUCCAUGUCCACUGUGUUGUCAGCCCAAUUUUGAGAGUGUCGAUGCUCUUCGGAUAAGUCUUGUGAAAGUUGCAAAUCAUCCUCUGAUGUGUCCAGUUUGCAGUGAAAUUCUCCUGGGAUUGGAUAAAUUCACCAUUCACCUGUUCAGUCACACAAUUGAUACCCUCACGACGAGUGGCUCUGAAGUGCCCAAAGUAAUCAUCCCAAAAGUUGAAGUGGAUACAACGAUUAACAAUUCUCAGUGCGAUAUUUGUUCCUUCACAUUUCGAGACUCGAAUCUCCUGCAGAUUCAUCAGAAUCUCGUGCACAAGGCCCAAGUCAGUGGCUGUGAAAAUUCCCAGGAGUCUCGUGAUACAAAAUUCCAGUGUCAUCUGUGCCAAAAGACAUUCAAGAUGAAGGGAUCUCUGCGGGUUCACCUACGUGUUGUACAUCUCUAUGGGAUUGAGCAUGAGCCAGAGGCGAAAUGUCUCACUGAGAGGCUAAAAUUAAACGAGGAGCCACCGAAUAAAGUAAAUAUUCCACUCGACGACACAUUUUCAACACCCACUGAGAAGCUCCCGAAUCCACCGAGCACGCCACAAACACCCGAUCCCAUCAAAUGGGAAUGCGACAUCUGCGCCAAAUCAUUCACUACCAAGUACUUCCUCAAAAAGCACAAACGGCUCCAUACAGGUGAAAUGCCGUACUCGUGUUUCUGUGGAAAAACCUUCACCUUCCAGCAGUCCUACCACAAGCAUCUGCUCUACCACAGUGAUGAUAAGCCACACGUGUGUUCCACGUGUGGACGAGCCUUCAAAGAACUCUCCACGCUGCACAAUCAUGAACGUAUCCACAGUGGCGAAAAACCAUUCAGCUGUGAAACGUGUGGAAAAUCCUUCAGGCAGCGAGUUUCCUACUUGGUUCACCGAAGGAUACACACGGGAGUAAUGCCCUACAAAUGUACAGCCUGUGCAAAGAGUUUUCGCUACAAAGUCUCCCAGAGGACCCACAAAUGUCCUGCCCAGCCACCUGGAACGGUGAUUCGUCAAUCUGGAGAUUUACUGCAGAAACUCCUUCAGAAUUCCUCCCUAACACCUGCUGACACUGAUCUUACUUUUGAUGGAUUGAAUUCACAGAGUGGGAAUGAUCUUAUUAGUCAAUCCAUUGAUGAGAUUGUUAAAGAAUCUUGCGAUAAAAUGGGACUAAAUGAAAGUUGUUCGGUUCAGGAGAUUUUUGGCAGGAUUCCCGUGGAGGAGAAUGCAGCCAGUCCGUCGGAUAAACUUCAGAAUCUAUGCUUGUAUUCACCUGAGAACCUGGAGCCGAUCAAUGAAGAUCAUUUUAAGCAAUUAUUGUAUGAAGAUGGUAAUUUGUGACAGGCUCUAAGAAUUAUUUUUCGAUGGUUUUUAUUUAAAUUAUUAAAUUUUGCGAUAUAUCGGGCAA